CCAAAUUGUUUUCGUGUUCAUUAAUCGUUCCAACAUGUUCAAGUUCGAUGUUAUGUGAUUGUCAUGCACAAUAUUGUAGUUUUUAAUAAUUACAUCCAAGAACAAAACAUGAUUUAUGUCUGAGAUGUCGGUCCAGAAUAAAGUCAAAGAGUUUAUGCAGAGAGGGAAUAGACCCUACUCCACUAAUGACGUCCAACAAUCUCUCGGUAAGGAAGCAUCCAAGUCUGCCGUCCAAAAAUGCCUAGACGAGCUCGUCAAGGAGAACGUCCUAUUUGAGAAAACAUAUGGCAAGUCUAAGAUUUAUUGUGUCAGGCAGACAGAAGAAGCUAAGGAGCCUGGGGUCGACCUGUCUUGCAGGAUUGAAACGCUCAUGUCAACCCUCGCCGAAUUGGAGAAGGAGUCCGAUAAAGAGAAAUUAUACCUACGAUCUCUCCUUUCCUCAGAUACGACGGAGGAGAUCGAAAGGCGCAACGCCCAGCUUGUCGAAACGAACAACAGGCUCAGGGAGAAGCUGGAAGAGUACAUAAAUGAGGAAAAGACUCCUGAGACCGUAGACCCAAAAGAGCUUGAAAUUGUACGCAAGAGGAAAUCCACGGUCGUCGGUGACUACAGAAAAAGAAAACGUGUCUGCAUGGACAUUGUAUAUCAAAUACUCGAAGGCUAUCCCAAAACAAAGGUUCACCUCCUUCAAGAAAUCGGUCUUGAAGAUGACCCACAAGAUAUGCCUAAUUUUGCAUAAAAUGUAUAACUUUACUGUAAAUAAAACUUUAGCCAAAACAAA